UUUAUCAACUCAUUUCAUCAUUUGAAAAACUACGAACCUCAUGUGAAAGGCUUUAUGUCCACUCUGACAAUUUCCUCACCUAUCGUGUCGAAGAACAUUUUUCCUGAAAUGUGACAUUUUUAUCGUGCCAAGAUUGAAUAAUUACGUGUUAAUUCUCACAAGCUAAAACUGAUCGGACAUGAGUGAUUCUUGUGCACCUCUCUAGCCGUGAUUUUAAGCACAUUCCCUGAAUGCAGCAGGGAUGAAAGUUAUUCUUUUGCAGCGAUCCGUGGGUUGACAUAUACCAAUUAUUAUCCUCGGUGUAGGAUUUCAUUGACAUUUUCUCAAAGAUGAUCCCAGAGACUUCACGUGUUCAAGCUGCCGUCGUGUUUGAAGAAUGUCGGGGAGAUCGUUGCGAGUUGGAAAGAUAGGCAGAUGUCAGUUAAAGAGUUAAGAUGAACCUGUAGGUAUGAGCAUGCAUGCACGAAUUUAUGGUAGAAACUGUAACCAUUUCAGAACUUGAGUAUUAGCGUGGUUGAGUUAAGAAUCUGGAGAUCCAGAUGAACGACGCGCGCCUUGUCUGCACCAUGGAGGGGAGGGAUAGUGAUUGGACUGAAAAUCAUCACUUUCCCGUGCAUUCAGUUUAGCUUCACCAUCAACUGACACCAAUUUAAUAAUGUUUAAAAGCAGUGUCAGUCCAGCAAAUUUGUGUUCUUGGAUGCAUUAUCCAAAUAUCAUUACCUUGGCACAUGACAAGGAAUGACUGGUACCCGUGGAACCGAACAAGAAACAAUCUGAAGUUUCUUCGGGAUUGAGCUGAAUUGAGGAAGCCUCUAUAAUUGGUAACUCUUUCCAAUGGCUCCUGACGCGAUUGCAAACCCUCAGCGCGACUACGUGUUUGUGGUGAAUCCCACUGGUGCAAAUGGGCGCACAGAGCAGCAAUGGAAGAAAAUGCUGCCAGAGCUGAAAUUACGCCUUGGUAAAGACUGUAAUAUUUGUGAGGCGCUCACGACUGGCCCUACACAUGCAGUUGAAAUUGCAAGGGAGGCGGUGCGGAAUGGAGCUGCAGCUGUGGUUGCCGUGGGAGGGGACGGAACUUUGCACGAGGUGCUCAAUGGUUUCUUUGAGGAUGGAAUGCCGGUGCAAUCUCGUGAAGGUUAUUCGGGGCCGCGGACGGCCCUCGGGCUCAUUCCCAUGGGUACGGGAUCCGAUCUUGCACGAUGUUUCGGUUGGAAGUCAAAUGACAAACUUGAAGCCAUUCAUCGCAUUGUGAAAGAUCGCAGGCGGAGGAUAGAUGUAGGUCGAGUGCAAUUACCUGACGACAAAGUUGAUCGAUACUUCCUCAAUGUAGCCAGUCUUCACUUGAGUGCGAAGGCAGGUCACAUUGCGUCUAUGUACAAAAGAUUCGGAAACCUUUGUUACGUCAUUGGAGCACUUAAAGCCUUUCGGUCGCAUGAGAAUCGAGAUUUAAGGACUAGGAUAGAUGGGAGCCAGUGGACUGUGGUUCCAAAAGUCACAGCUACUUGUAUCGGAAAUGCCAAGUACUUCGGCGGAGGAAUGAAGAUUACACCAACUGCUGACCCCUUUAAUGGUAGAUUGGAGGUGGUGUCACUUCAUGGAUUCAAGUGGUAUGACUUUAUCUUGAAGAUGCACACUUUGUACCUAGGGACUCACGUGCAUCUAGCCAAGGUCACGACAACUAGUGUUCGAAUCUUGGAGGUAGAAGCUGCUGAAAACAAGUCAAAACAGAGAGAGGUCUAUGUGCAAGCCGACGGUGAACACUUGGGUUUUCUUCCAGCAAAAUUCUCAAUCUUGCCUCAACAACUAGACUUCAUCAUGUAGAAUUACUGACCUAGGCGUGCUUCUUUUGUCCUCAUUCCCCUAUUUUGCUUGCUUACAUGCUCUGGUCGCAGAAUAAUUCAGUUUAUACUGGAUUCGGGUUUUGGAGUGCAGCACAACAAUCGUGACCUGUUUCGCAUGUUUUAUGUUAAUGUGCUGACCACUACGUCGUGAUUCAAUGAAUAAUUUUUUGACAUUUGUUUCUA